AUGGGACGACCGGCGACACAUAGCGCGUCCAUCACACUCGUUCUUCUCUCAGUCAUUCGCCCGACACUCGCUCAAAGCCAACAGACAUUCAGCGUCUUUUCUAAUGCAUCCGAUAUAUAUCCACUCCCCAGCUCUUCUUCAUGCGCAGACGCAUUAGCGGCGUCUAUCGACUGCCCGCAGAUCCUCUCCUUCGCCGUCCCUAGCUCUAAUAAUCCUGUCUCGAACCUCACAUCCGCCGACCUUGACGAACUAUGCACUGCAACUUGCUUCGACUCGCUUACUGCGGCAGUCAGUUCUGUAGACAAGGCGUGCGCAGGUUGGCCCUACAUUGUUGGCGACACGAGUUAUGUUGCUUCCCUCCCCUUCCGCUUUCUCGCGUACACUUGGAACCUGACCUGUAUCACUGACGGCGCCGCAUACUGCGUCAAUAUCGAACAAGCGAAUCCCUCGACAACGGAACCGGCUGGUGCUGAGCCUUCAUCCGUCGUGUGCGCUACCUGCUCCCUCGAUGCGCUUCACAUACAGAUGUCAAGUCCAUUUGGAUGGGAUGCAAACUUCGUUGACGAUUGGGCAAGCAUCCAGACCGAGUGCGCCGUUUCUUACGACAACACGGUGCCCAGCAGCUUGGUUCCUGACCCCAAUGUCGCUGCAUCCUCCAACGCGACUUCUUACAAUGUUACCGCGACUCCAACUCUUACCCCAGCGUCUGCCGCAAACUGCGCGUACGGGCAGUUGACGGUCAAGUCAGGAGAUACCUGCGCUUCGAUCGCCUCAACGAACAGCCUUUCCUACGACCAACUAGUCUCGAUUAACGGACUCGACGUCAACUGCACCAAGCUCCCCGCAGCGGGCGGUCAGAUUUGUUCUUCCGGCUCAUGCACGCUCUAUACCGUGCAGACGGGCGACACGUGCAUUGGUUUGUACACAACCCACAAUAUCACUUGGACGCAGCUGCUGGCCUGGAACCCGCAGCUGGACUCCACAUGUUCCAACAUUGGUAUGCAAGUCGGUAAGACGAUUUGUGUCAGCGCGCCGGGAGGGGCCUACGUUCCUGCGACAACUGUUGCACAAGUCUCGGGUACACCGACCGCUUUGGCCAUCCCGACUGGCGCCGUGGCGCCUGGAUCCGACAGGUCGAUUUGUGGGGGAUGGUAUGAAGCCGUCACAGGAGACACGUGCCCUCAGAUUAGGGACUAA